AUAGCUAAUUACUUUAUAGAUACAUAUAUAUAUUUCCUCUAGGAGAUGAAAUAAAAUCUCUUGUACUCACAUUUACCCCUCCCAUCUCUUGUACGCGUCUUGUAGCUGUCUUCUAACAAUGGGAGUUCUUUGGGCACUGUAUUUUGACUAUUUUCAGCGCUCAUUAGCCGCUUUUCUCAUUAUUCUUGGCCUAUCAACGGUUUACUUAAAUACAGCGGCACAGACAAUUGGCGUUUGCUACGGUAGAAAUGGAGAUAACUUACCGCCAGAAGCGGCGGCGAUCAACCUGGCCACCGCCAAGGGCAUAACUGCCAUGCGAGUCUAUGACCCCGUCCCGCCGGUUCUGGACGCUCUCCGUGGAGCCGACAUCCAACUCGUCCUCGGAAUCCCCAACGCCGAUCUCCCAGCGCUCUCCGACCCCGCCACCGCCAACGACUGGGUCAACACCGUCGUCCUAAGCAACUAUCCCGACGUCAAAUUCAAGUACAUCUCCGUCGGCAACGAGGUCCUGCCGACCACCGCGCCGGACGCGGCCAACUUCCUCCUCCCCGUCAUGCAGAACGUGUACAACGCAUUGGCCGCCGCCGGGCUACAGGACGUCAUCAAAGUCUCGACGGCGACGCUCCAGUCCGUCCUGAACAACACUUACCCGCCCUCCGCCAGCGUGUUCGCCGACGAUGUCAAGACGUUCCUCGUACCCAUUCUCCAGUUCCUGGCGGCGCGCAACCUGCCGCUUCUCGCGAAUGUGUACACUUACUUCGCUUACGUUUCCGACCCGGUCAGCAUACCGCUCCCCUUCGCGCUGGUCGACCCGGCGCAGCCGCCCAACGCCGCCGGCUACACCAAUCUCUUCGACGCCAGCCUGGACGCCUUCUACUACGCCCUCGCCGGCGCCGAGUUCCCGGGCAUCGACGUCGUGGUUUCCGAGACAGGUUGGCCGUCGGCCGGCGGCGAGGCGGCGGAGACUGAAAACGCGGUGGCUUAUUACAGGAACAUCAUUGCUCAUGUGAAAGGGAACGCCGGAACGCCGUUCAAGCCGGGGAAACCCAUAGAGGCUUACUUGUUUGCUAUGUUUGAUGAAGAUCUUAAAACGGGGGCUGAGACUGAAAAGCAUUGGGGCCUAUUUUACCCGGACCAAACUCCCAAGUAUCCCAUUAAUUUCUACGACUAGUUUUAUUUUUUUGUACCAUUAGACUCUUUAAGUCUCAAUAAAUUAGUCAUAGGUGUAGAAUUUUAUUUCAUUAAAGCUAGCAUUAAAUUUGAAUUGUAAUGUUGGUAAUUUCUUAGAUACAUCUAAGGUUUAUUAUACUUUCAUAUAAACCAAAUAAGCAUUUGUCUAUUAG